AUGAUGAGACAGAAGGCUGCUACGGCCCAGAUCUACGCCCUUCCAGACGACCAGGGCUUCCAUAUGCUGCUCGAUAUUAUGUACAAGCAGUAUGCGACCCCAGAAGCUCGACGAGCUGCUGUGAGAGCCUGGCAGAGUCUGAAGCAGGAUGACAAGGAGACUGUCAAAGACUACAUUGCUCGGUUUGAACAACAGAAGGUGCUUCACGAUCUUCGCCACGACCCUCUUGACGAGCCUACUUUGAUCACGAAAGUAGCUGAGGGUCUCACUUCUGGAGCGGGUAUGGCAGCCCGAGCCCUUUGCGAUCCUCUGACGCACCUCGACUACAAACAGUACAUUGACACUCUCGUCAAUUUUGCUACCGGCUUCGAGAGCAACACCUUCAACACGGCCAAUAAUCCCUUUCCGAACGUCUUUCCAGCACCAUCGCCCACUACACCGCCUGAUCGUAAGAUUCAGAGCAGCAUCCGGGUACAACUUAUGGCGAUGCCGACGUCCUCUCGACGCCGUGGCCAAUGUUACCGUUGUGGCAAAGAUGGUCAUAUGGCCCGUCUAUGUCGGGCCCUACGCCCUAUCGACUCGCAGGUUCGCUGUCGGUCAUGUGGGUCACGUGAACAUCGUCGAGAGAAAUGUCCUAAGAAGGGUUCAUCAGCGCCUUGCAAGCGUUGUGGCGCUACUGGUCAUACAGCAUCCAUAUGCUUAAGUCCGAACUGCAACCCUACACCGGCAACACCUAUGGCCAUGGCAACAACGGAAGACGAAGAUCCCCACCUGGAAGUUGUCAACGAGGUCAUGGAGAUCGAACCUAUGGCCUACUCGAUGUCCACCGGCGUAGGCUCCAUCGACGGCUCCUCCCAAGGCCUACUUCUGAGCGAUAUCAUCGACAACAAACCCUGGCGAGUCCGACUUACUAUCGGGCAACGACCCGAGGGAGCGUCCCCUAACGAGCCCUCGCCGUGCUGCCAUAUCGACGGUUUGCUCGACAGCGGCGCUGGUGCUAACUUCGUGUCGACCGCUGUCGUCAAGUUCGCGCUACGACGCAACCUUAUCGACGCUCAUCUCCUUCGAACGCUCAAUCCCAUCAAGAUCACCUAUGGCAAUGGACAGACGGCAAUCUGUACCCGAGCCAUCAAGUUACCCAUACGUUUUUCCUUUCAUAGCUCCCUGAACGAUGAAGCUCCCUCAAUGGUCUGGCUACAUUGUCUGAUGGUGAAGGAUACGAAGCCAUCAAUUAUCGUCGGUCGUCCUGGUAUGGCCACUUUGGGUGUACGAGCAACCAUUCCGUCAUGGGCUUACAAGGACCCCACCAGCUGCAGCUCACACGAUACGGUACUGUGCCACUCUGCUCUUUCCACACGUUCGACAACCUUUGAGAAGGGGACCAUUACCGACACGUCUCGCAUCGACUAUGACUCACCCACCGUCGGUGGCUACCGGUGA